ACGUUCCGUGUCGUCACUUCCUCCCCACGUGAGUCGCUCUGUACAUGUGAGGAGCAAUACGUCUACAGAGGUUUUCGUCUCGUUUUUAAACCGACGAAGUCACAUAUUCUCAUCUUAUGGUUAUCGAUAACGGGAUCAUGGACUCAGCAGAGGAGGAGGCGCUGCUCGGGCAGGAGUCAGAGGAGGAAAACUCUGAAUUAUCGGACGAUGAGCUUCAAGAAGCUUUCGCUAAAGGGUUGUUGAAACCGGGGAUGAACGUUCUGGUGGAUAAACCCAAAAAGUUGGUCAACAAUGUGGAGGGCUUGAAACAGUGCCUUGCUGACUUCCGUAAAGACCUUCCCUGGGUGGAGAGGCUUGAUCUGACCAACUUGCCGGCUGAAGACAUCAUCUUCCAAGCUGAUGGGAAAGUUCCCAGUCAGACCAAUGGAGAACUCAAUGCGGAUGAUGAUUUCCAGAGGGAGAUGUUCUUCUACCGUCAAGCUCAAGCCACAGUCCUUGAGGCACUGCCCCUCCUAAACAAGCACGGCAUAGCCACGAGGAGGCCUGAUGAUUACUUUGCAGAGAUGGCAAAGUCAGAUCAGCACAUGCAAAAGAUCAGGAAAAAGCUCAUUUCAAAGCAGAUGAUACUGGAGAAGUCAGAGAAGGCCAAGAAACUGCGUGAGCAAAGGAAGUUUGGCAAAAAGGUCCAAAUAGAAGUGAUCCAGAAGAGGCAGAAGGAGAAGAAGGCAAUGAUGUCAGCUGUGAAGAAAUACCAGAAAGGAAUGACCGACAAACUGGAUUUCUUGGAAGGAGACCAGAAGAGUGGUAAAGACUCGGCUCAGGGCUCAAAGAACGCGCUGAACAAGAAGGGCCCCAGCGCCAAGAGAAAAUACAAGGACCAGAAGUUUGGCUUUGGAGGCAAGAAGAGUGGAAAGAAGUGGAACACCAAAGACAGCUACAACGACGUUUCCAGUUUCCGCGCCAAGGUGGCUCACGCAAAGGGCGGCAAGGGAGGGAAGAAAGGCAAAGGAGGAAAACAGAAUAAACGCCCGGGCAAGUCGGUACGUAGGAAAAUGAAGGCUCGCUCGUAAAAACUUACAGGCUGGUCAAGAGACUGGACUAAGACUUGCUUUUAGGCAGGAUUUCCCACACCUGCUCCCCAGUCUCUCCUUCCAGCACACCUUAGGAGAAAUACAGGGGAGCUCUUCUACACAGUUUGUACAAUAUGCCUUCUGUAACACUGGUCUGGACUGAUAUGGAGGACUGCCUUCAAGCCACAGAGAGAGAGAGAGAGAGAGAGAGAGAGAGUGAGAGAGAGAGAGAUGUCCUGCUAUAUUUCUGAGGAAGACAUUCAAAGGACAUCACUGGCAAGGAAAAGAGGAGAGUGGACUGCACAGAGCUACGCAAGAUUCCCACUUGAAAUUUCCAUAAUACUUGUAAAGAAAAAGAGAAUUUAAAUGUGAAGAAUUUGUCAUGGCAAGUUUUUAUUGUUUGCGGCCGUCGUUGCCUCUUCUUGCUUGUCAGAUAAAGUGGUUUUAAAGCCAUUUUCUGUGAUUACACCCCAGUGUUUUCACCAACCAUCUGAUUUACAUUGUGUGUGCUCUGCAGAGUUUGCUUUAUUCUGUUUUUUUUUCUAACUCCGCUCCUUGGCUCAUUGAUUCUCUCUCAUGUGACAUGACAUUUUAUAAUAUUGAGCAGCUGUCAGCAUUGCCCUUUCCCAUUCAUUAAUAUGAUUAGUAUGUGAUGGGUGAGUGUGCUUUGUAUAGACCUGUGCAAAUGUUUCUCCCUGCAAGUGUUAUUUUUUUUUCUUAGUUUGCAAAAAUAGAAAUGUAAAAAAGGGCAACUUCUGGUGCCGACACCUGUAUGUUUGUAUGAUAAAUAAAUAAAUCUGAACAUAGGUGUUCACUUUA